GUAAAGAAGUCGAAGAAGGAUAGAUUUGACGUGGAAAGAGAACAAGAAAAAAAUACAAAAAAAAAAAAUCUAUGCCAGUGACUGCGUAUAUCUGGUGAACAAAUUCAAUUGCUCUGCUGCGACUUGGGCGGAGCUCAUACUCUUCGUACCAUUAGCCAUGUCGUUGAAUGAUCAACUAAAGUCGUUCCGAAAGAGCUUGGCGUCACAGCCAGUCUAUGGCGUGAAACGAUCGGCGGCAGGAGGGGCUGAUAGCAAAAAUGAAAGUCGAACAUCCUCAACACCAGGGACUCCAGCUAUCGCCAAUAACACCAAAGCUGCCUAUGAGAGCUCAAUGGAAGGCAAAAAGAAGAACAAACGGGCCAAUCAGGGAGUUGUUUUUUCGCAACCUGCUAAUACUGGAGCCGGAACUCACACCAUGAGCUUACUAUACACGGUCGUAAACUAUCUUAAGAACUGUGAUGAUCCACAAUCAGUCGUCAGUAUCCAAUCUCGAACGAACGUGGAUAUACGAGCCAAUUCUGAGCUAUGGGAAAAGCUGACGACCAACGAAAAGAUUGAUUAUGAUGAAAUCAAUGGGACUUUUUCUUACAAGCCAACAUUCCAGAUCAAAAAUAAAGACGACUUGCUGCAGCUUUUGCAAGAAAAGCGAUCACAAGGAGGAAUGGAUUACAAGGACCUCAAGGACUCUUACUCCAAACUAGGUGUUGCGGUGGAAGAACUUGCUGCAGCAGGACAGAUUUUAGUUAUUCGACACAAAGACGGGAAUCCAAGAGUUUUGUUCUGUAAUGAUGAACAGUACAAUACCCCAAUUGAUGAUGAAUUCAAAAAGAUGUGGACGGAAAUUUCUAUUCCUGAUGAGACAGAUUUGCCACGCGAGCUAGAAAACGCUGGCUUAAAAACUAUGGAGGUUUUUGAGAAGAAGGUUAUCAACGAGCCUAAGCAGAAAAAAUCAAAGAAUCGUAGUCGGAAGGGCAAGAUUACCAAUACUCACUUGCAGAAUCUGGAUUUGACUGUUGACUAUGUACCAAAAAAGACAUUCUAAGUAUCGACCCACUAUCAGAGAAUUCACCAUUUUUUAGACCACAAUCCAAGUAAGGGACUGAGAAGCAAUUGUUUUCCCAGUUUAUGCUUGUUGUAUAUCACCAUGAUGGCACUGUGCGUGCUGCCUGUAAUAAAAAUAAAAUUGUUUCUUAUAAUUUACAGUGUCAAUGCA